AUGAAGUUGCCUUCUUGCAUCAGCCUCUGGCUGCUAACUCUUCUUCACCUGGCUCUGGGUGCUGAAGUUGUCCCCAGGUCUACCUUCACUGAGGUUACCAACUAUGGCAAUAACCCUACUGGUACUCGAAUGUGGCUAUAUGUUCCAAAGACGCUAGCUGCAAGUCCUGGAAUAGUAGUCGGUAUCCAUUGGUGUACCGGUAGCGCCCAAGCAUACUACCAGGGCACUCAGUGGGCUCGCUACGCCGAGACAUAUGGUUUUAUUGUCAUCUACCCUUCGACGCCAUAUACUCAGGAUAAUUGCUGGGAUGUGGCUUCCAAGAUGACCUUGACCCAUGACGGCGGCGGUGCUAGUACAUCAAUCGCCAAUAUGGUCAGGUUCGUUAUCAAGGAAUAUAAUACGGAUAAGACCAAGACCUUUGUUACAGGAACUUCCUCGGGAGCUAUGAUGACUAACGUUAUGGCGGCAACCUAUCCUGAUAUUUUCGCAGCUGGAAUCGCAUACGCAGGUGUCCCGGCCGGUUGCUUCAAGAGCCAAGACAAUAUUCCAGAUUUCUGGAACUCCACAUGCGCCAACGGCCAGUCCAUCUAUACUCAAAAUCAGUGGGCCAAUGUUGUUAAGGACAUGUAUCCCGGAUAUGAUGGGCCACGACCGAAAAUGCAAAUCUAUCACGGGUCGGUAGAUCAGGUAUUGAACGUGCAGAACUAUUACGAAACCAUUAAGCAAUGGACUGGUGUAUUUGGAUAUUCUACCAAUCCGCAAUCUACAACGCCUAACGUGCCACGAAGCCCGUAUACCAGAUACACUUUUGGCGACAAGCUGCAGACAUUCUUAGGCCAAGGAAUUAAUCAUUCCAUUGACGUGUUCCCAGAGGAAGACUUGAAGUGGUUUGGUUUCGUUAAUGUAGUAACGCCAUCACCCACUACUACAGCCACCACACCUACAGACACGGGUAGUUCAGGUACUUCUCCCCAGUGGGGUCAAUGUGGUGGCAUAGGGUGGACGGGUCCCACGCAAUGCGCAGGCUCCUUCAAAUGCAUCAAGAUCAACGAUUGGUAUUCUCAGUGCCAAUAG